CCUGCCUUCUCACCGCCAGUGGUUAUGUUGCAGAAUGAAGACCAUUCUCAGCAAUCAGACUGUCGACAUUCCAGAAAAUGUCGACAUCAGUCUGAAAGGGCGCACGGUGAUUGUGAAGGGGCCCAGAGGAACCUUGCGAAGGGACUUCAAUCACAUAAAUGUGGAACUCAGCCUCCUGGGAAAGAAGAAGAAGAGGCUCCGAGUUGACAAAUGGUGGGGCAAUCGCAAGGAACUGGCCACUGUUCGCACCAUCUGUAGUCACGUCCAGAACAUGAUCAAGGGAGUUACACUGGGCUUCCGGUACAAGAUGAGGUCGGUGUAUGCUCACUUCCCCAUCAACGUGGUAAUUCAGGAGAACGGAUCUCUGGUGGAAAUCCGGAACUUCCUGGGUGAAAAGUACAUCCGAAGGGUUCGGAUGAGGCCAGGUGUUGCUUGUUCAGUGUCUCAAGCCCAGAAAGAUGAAUUAGUCCUGGAAGGAAAUGAUAUCGAACUUGUUUCAAAUUCAGCUGCUUUGAUUCAGCAGGCAACCACAGUUAAAAAUAAGGAUAUCAGGAAAUUUUUGGAUGGUAUCUAUGUCUCUGAAAAAGGAACAGUUCAGCAGGCUGAUGAGUAAGUUGCUCAGCUGUUGAAGUAAGGAUCCUGGAUUGUUUCUUAUGUCAUUUUAUUAAUGCAAUAAAAGAUGUGUUGAUACAAU